GGCAGCAUGCGUCGUAUUCCGAUCUCGCUCGUGCUCUUGGGCCUCUUCCUUGGGCUCUUAUCUCUGACAGGUGCAGAUCAAGUGGAUGACAAAGUGAGCCGGGAGAAGCGCGACAUGCCCAACUGGAGCUACUCGGCUUCGGACUUCUUUGCCUGGGUGGAACAACUCCGCUCUCACGCUGGCUACGAAAAGAUGGACGAGCUAGCCAGGACAUUCUGGGCCCACUUCCCUUCGGCGGCACGGCUGGGCUACGAACAGCCCCACUCUGAUGAGUGAGCAAGAGGCACUAUGAGAAACAGCUAUAAACUCUGUAUAUAUAAAAAGAAAUAAUCUGUAAUCACUAAAGGCUUGUUGGUCUUGUAUCAAAUUAAUUGAAUUAAACUGUAU